AUGUCGGAUAUCCCAACAUUCAGGAACCUCUCUCUGGAGAGACAUGGGAAUGUCUUUGUCCUCACAAUGCAGAAGCCCCCGGAGAAUCGUCUCAACUCAUGGUACUGUCAGGAAAUGAUUCGAGCUUAUCGUACAGUUGAGAAACUGCUGGGCCCUGAUUCGGAGGGGGCUGUUAUAACUCGCGGCAACGAUGCCAAAUUUUGGUGCACUGGUCUGGAAUUAGAUGAGUCGGACAGCAAUCCGUUUGCAAAUACAGAUGGAUUCUAUCCGCUCAUUCAUACGAUCCUGGAUUUCCCCUUUCCGACGAUUGCAUUGAUUACCGGACACACAUUUGGGGGUGCCUGUCCUCUUGCCUUAGCUCAUGACUAUCGCAUCAUGAACUCUCGCCGGGGGUUCAUCUCGAUGCCGCCUGUCAACCUAGGUUUGCACUUCGAUGGAAUCGGGGCUCUUCCUCGACUCAAGUUGCGCCCUCAAAUAGCGCGAAAAAUGCUCCUCGAAGCGCACAGAUGGACAGCAAAGGAAGCAUUGGAAGAUGGUAUUGUUGACGCUAUCGCCGAGCCUGAGCAGAUGCUGGAUGCAGCGAUUGAAUUUGCGGCUAAAUGGGCACCAAAGGCAAAGAUGGGUGUAUAUGCACUUCUUCGUCAAGAGCUUUUGGGAGAGGCGAUUAAAAAGUUUCAGCGAAUCAGUUACGUCCACAGUAGAAUGACUUCUGCACCCGCCAAGGUUAAAAUCUGA